UCGGUUAUCAGUCUAAGGGCAUUCCAGAAGUGAUUUAAAUAUAAUCCACCUUACAAAUUUAAAUUGUGGUUUAUGCCUUUUAUUUGCUGAAAUAGUCACAUGCAAAAAACAUGUAUGGAAGUGUAUCUAUGAGAUAAAAACUAUAGCAAAACGCUUGCCAAGUUCAAAUAUAAAUCCAAUCCCCAUAAAUUCCCGUCUGCGUCAUGGACUACGAUCUGUUCCAUUCAGAUGAUGAUGAGGAGAUCCUGACCGCUUUCACCCAGGCUACCCAGAAGAUGCAGCGGGAAGCCCACAAUGGGCAAAUGGACGAAGGCGAUGUCGAAGAGGAAGACACGGACGAGGGACUGGACUUCCUGCCGGAGUUCUGCUGCAGCGGUCGGGACUCACUGAAGACCCAAUUUUCGAGUGAGGGUUUUUUAAAGAAUGGCUUCGCCCAACUGGAUCCACCUCACUGUCAGUUGGAGAAUCUAUGCUUCGACUUUUCCCAUGGACAAUUGUCAGUUGCCGCGGUCCGGAAUUACCUGUAUUGGGAGGCCUGCAAAAAUGUGCAGAAACUAUUUGGGGCCGUGGAGGGUCAACAGCAAUUGCAGACCCCAUCUGCCUCCAUGAAUUCCGGUUGGUUUCGCGUGCGUCAGGAGGUUAGCCAUAUCUACCACCUGUUGCUGACCUUGCGGGAGAGCUGCAGCGAGCUGCAACCCGAAGCAUUAAAGUUUCUUCAGGACCUUCGCCAAUUGCUUAACAAUCUGCUGGAUGCGGAUGCUUGGAAGGUUUUGUAUUUUGCGGAACAUAGCAAAGGAAACGAGUGUCAAGCACCGGCCUACCACUUGUACCAUGGAAUCCUAGAGUGGCGUUUCUUAGAUCUACACAUACUGUAUACCUCUGGGGAUGAUCAAGGCUUUCUCGGGCAGCUGGAGCGCACGCUGGAUGAUCUGAUCGUGUGUGCCAGUCAACACUACCGUGGCAGACAUCGUCCGGAGCUGAUCCAUGUAUCGCCGUUUAUGUGUCGCUGCACAAAAGAAAUGUGGUUUCUUCUGAAGAAUCUAAUUCCAAAAUGGCUCGGUGAUAGGGAUCUGGACUUUUGGAUACUUUUUCACAAGGCAAUGCAGAGGCACAAGACAAACUACUUUCAGGGCGAGAACAAUGGAGUUUCCUUGGCAUACCAUGAGUUCUAUUCCUGGUUACGACUUGGCCUGGCUCGUUUAGGAGAAUUCAACUGCGAGGGUCUGUACCAGCCGGAUGAUAAACUCACCACUCCACCUGGUAGCUUUCAAACCGCCAAUUUGCUUAAGCAAUUCCUGACCUGUCAGCCUGAUGAGCAGCAGCGACGUGUGUAUCUUACGUUACUCUCUCCUCUACAACUUCAACUCGGCCAGCCAGAUACAGAUGUGUUAUGUCAGUUGUGGGAGUACUUUCAUCGAUCCCUGAAUUGCAACUUUAGUGCGGGAAGUGAACUGGAUCAGCUGCCCCUCACCUGUCCCAAUGGAGCUGCUUACGUAGAGCGUUACAGCAAACUGCUGGCCAAAUCCCAACUAGAAGAUCUGAAUCUCAGCAGCUUUACCGUGUACGUCUGGAUGCUGGGUAGGACCCUAAAGCUGUUGCCAUUGCAGGGUCGAAGUAACCAACGACAAAAGCUGCUUGGUCGAAUCUUCAGCAAAUUCAGUGCCGCGAAACUGUUAGCUCUGAAUGAGCCGGGAAUUCACCAUGUAAUCGAACUGUUUUUGUGCCUACUACUCUGUCACGAGGAUUUAAACGACUUGGCUACCAAGCUUCGCGAAAUGCUGCUCUGCUUGGCCCUGGAUAAGCUGCCUCCGGUGAGGAGAGUUCUUGUGGCCAAAGGUCAUAUGGCUGUGCUCCUCCUGCAUGCCCAGCAUCGUCUGUCCAUGGACGACUAUGUGGCAAAGCUGGUGAACCAAUUGGCUACCAUUCGGAAUGACACUGAGGUGGGAGCCAUCUAUGUGAACAGUAUGCAGGCAAUUUUUGAUCUAGCGGAUGACUUUAACCGCGGAGAGCAGCAGCUUCUGGGGCCCUGGCUAACGCACUACGUGGAAAAGAGUGGUCAGGCAGCGCAGGAUCGUGUUUGGCAGGCCCUGUACCACCUAAUCCAGCGUCUUGACGAACCAAGAGCUGUGACAGGCAAUGCUGGUGGCAUGAAGGAGGCACUCCAGCAACAUAUUCUGCCACUUCUGAGAACACAAUAUGUAAGUGGCCAUAGCUCAUGGCUCCCGAAGCUGGCAGCCAACUUUGUUGCUCUGGAGAAAGACGGGGACAAACUGCUCCUCGGUCUCCUACAGGGACCAGAACCUAUUAAUAUGGCCGCCUCGGCUCAGUUAAUGCUUCAUGUAUUGAAAGACAACGGACGGCUUACAAGCUCCACGAUCCUCCAGGUUUGGGUAAAGUCUCUAGUUCUUCUUAACGCGCAGCAUGAGUCUGUACUGGCUUUAACGCACCACGUCACACAUUUAGAUGAGUUCCGACAGCUAGGCAUUGAUCCAGCUUCUUUGGAAGAUGGCCGUGAGCCACUCUGUGCGUUUUUCGGAGCUUUGGGAAGACGAGCGCAGCAGGAGGAAGCUGCGGCACACGUCCGGAUGCAGUUAAGCCACAAACUGCAUGCAUAUGUUAACCACUUUGAGCUUUGGUUGCCGCCGGAUCGACUGCGAUCGGAACUCGGAUCCCGAUUCUACAGCUUCCUGGCAAUCGUCAUCUACAACUGCCCAACUCUGGCGUACGUACGCUCCAAGCCCAGCUGUUUUUUCCACCUAGCCAUGGUUCGUUUUCUACUCACCACGCAACUACAGGCAGGAGUGCCGCCUGAGGGUCGCCUACCCCAGAUGGUACAUAAGAUUUUCCCUGUGUUGCUGCAAGGGAUUGGUCGUCUGCCCUACCGCUCGGACACUUACAUAGCCAAAACACUGGAGCAACUAGUACAGCACUGGACGCCGCACUUUAGCUUUUCACCCAACGCCAAACUGGUGGCUCGUCCGUAUGCCACACUCCUUCAAGCUGAUGUAGAUGGAGUCUUGGCACAGUUCGUUCUUCACCUUCUGGUUAGCCAGUUUCUUGUAGUUCACCGACGAAAAGCGGGCCAGCAUGCGGGUUUGGUUAUCACUAUCAUGCAUCAACUGAUCGAAGGCACGGGUAAGGAGCAGGAACAUCAGCUGCUGACCAUUGUGCGCGGGGUGCACAUCCCUCUACUUGAGCACGUGAUGUUCGUGGACGAACUGGACCUUAGUCGCAGUCAGGUGUUUGGACUCUAUGGUGUGCUAGUAUCCCACGAGGCAUUCAAGCGCUCACAGGCCGUCAAGGAUAUCUGCUCCAAUGACUUACAAACUCUGGCCGAGAAGCACUUGGCUCAUUGCACCUACUUUUACUUUCAAAUGCUGAUAAAGCUGGCAGAACUGGCACCGAAUCUAGUAGCUCCACUCUUGCCUUUUGUAACGAGCAAGGCAAAACAGGUGGAGCAAAAGCGCGGCGCUGGCGAGGAUGUGGGAAUACGCAAAUGCUUGCAGCGACUUCAGAAGGUGUUAAGCUAGGUUUGGUUUUUCCUUUUAAGAGUAGUUUUAGAUGAGACCCGUAAUCCUUCUAUAGAUUGUAGAUUUUAAUUGUAGUCAUUAACAAAUAUAUUAAUAUUGUUUUCAUA